AAAGGAAGUUUCUCUCCAGUUCUCUGUCUCACAGGCUUGAUUAACAAACUGUAUUUCUCAACAGUCAUGAUGCAGCUUUAUAGAGCUCUGAUCCUGUUUAUGACUCUCUCUACAGUAUGUGGAUUAAGGUGCUACACAUGCACAGUCGCCGACCCUAAAUCCUGCAUAGACACCAAAUCUUGUUCUGUCAUCUUCAACCGUUGUUUCUCUCUCAAAAUAGACGGUUACAACAUGGUUACCAAGGGCUGCCAAACCAGUCUAGCAUGUGUAGGUGCCGUGGAUUGCUGUGAAGGGGACUUGUGUAACAGUGCCGUGCCAACUGGUCCCAGUGUCAUCCUCCUGCUGGUAUCCUCAGCCAUCAUCACACUCUUUCUCUGAGGCUCUGGAACAGCUACGGCUGAGAAUAUUAUGUUAUUUCUAUGCUGCACUUUUUCUGACUGAAUUUGUACAACUUUAAGAAUAAAAAAUU